UGUCGAUCGGACGCUCAGUUACCACGUCUGGCCGUUCCCGAUGGAUCUUGCGACACAGCGCUUGCGCAAAGAGUAUGUGGCGCUGAAGAAGACGCCCGUGGACAACAUCGAAGCGGUUCCGUUGGAAAACAACAUCCUUGAAUGGCACUAUGUGAUUCGAGGUGUGGGUCUGUAUGAGGGUGGGUUCUACCACGGCAAGCUCAAGUUCCCUCGCGAGUACCCGAUGAAGCCUCCAUCUGUGUACAUGAUCACACCCAGUGGGCGCUUUGAAAUGAACACGCGACUUUGCCUGAGCAUAUCGGACUUUCACCCUGAAACGUGGAAUCCGUUGUGGUCUGUGGGAAGCAUUCUCAUCGGCUUGUUUUCGUUCAUGAACGAGGACACCGCCACGACGGGGAGCAUCGAGUCGAGCGAUGAGGAAAAGCAGACCCUUGCCGCCUCAAGUCUCGCAACGAACUGCACGAACUCAGUCUUUCGAAAGUGCUUUCCUCAUCUUGUCGAGAUGCAUCAAGAUCUCGAAAGUCGCGCGUCGUCUGUAGCACCUGCUCCCAGCAAUACAUGACCAGCCCAUCGACUAGCCGAUAUAUAAUACGAUGUGUCUCUUUCCACUCCCACA